AUGUCGUCCUCCACUGCUCACAGGCGUGCUCUUGUGCUCUCCAAUGCGCGCACCCUUCUCGCCAGCAACGGCACCUUUGACACACUCAAGACCCUGAUCGUCGCAUAUCUCUUCUUCACUCGCUUCCUCAAAAUCUCCCGCCAUGUUCGCGCUCGUGGCACUGUCCGCACUCUCCAUGAUGCUUAUGCAUGGAUAUCGCAGGAAGUCGUCCUGCUCGUGCUCCGCUUUCCGGCCGCGCGUCGCAAAGUGAACGCGGAGCUGGACAAAGUACGCCUCGACCUUGAGGAUGGCAUGGUUCCCCAUGGUCCCGACGUCGUCCGCCAUCUCGCGCUUCCGGAACAAAGUCAGUCGCCGGACUGGAUUGCACAAGAGAUGGAGCGCAUGGACAAAGAGGGCAAGGGCCAUGCGAACUGGGCAGAAGGCAGGGUCUCUGGGGCCGUAUAUCACGGCGGAGACGACCUCACUCGGGUUAUACUGGCCGCUAUCGAGCGCUACGCUCUCUCCAACCCUCUGCACCCCUCUGUCUUCCCCGCGGUGCGCAAGAUGGAGGCCGAGGUCGUUGCCAUGUGUCUCCGCAUGUACAACAACCCCAGCGGCGCGGGCACUACCACCAGUGGCGGCACCGAGAGUAUCGUCAUGGCCGUCAAGACCUACCGCGACUGGGCGCGCGCGGCAAAAGGCAUAACCGAGCCCGAGAUGGUCGUCCCGGUCACUGCGCAUGCAGCGUUCGACAAAGGCGCCGCGUACAUGGGUGUCAAGGUCCAUACGGUCCCCGUCGACCCCAUCACGCGCAAGGCCGACCUCAAGCGCGUCGCUCGCGCUAUCAACAGCAACACGAUCAUGCUCGUCGGCUCUGCCAUCAACUUCCCCGACGGCAAUCAGGACGACAUCCCCGCACUCGGCGCGCUCGCUCAGAAGUAUAACGUUGGCCUGCACGUCGACUGCUGCCUGGGCAGCUUCAUCAUGCCGUUCGUCGAGGAGGCUGGGUUCGGGCCUGUGCAGCCCUUCGACUUCCGCGUGCCGGGCGUGACGAGCAUCAGCUGCGACACGCACAAGUACGGGUUUGCGCCAAAGGGUAACUCGGUCAUCAUGUACCGGGACGCGGAGCUGCGGCGGCACCAGUACUACGUCAACCCCGGAUGGGUCGGCGGCGUGUACGCCAGUCCGAGCAUCGCUGGCUCGCGCCCGGGCGCGCUCAUCGCAGGGACAUGGGCCGCGAUGCACUACAUGGGCCACUCCGGGUACCUCGAGUCCUGCCGGGCGAUCGUCGGCGCGGCGCGCACGAUCGCGCACCGGAUCCGCACGGAGAUCCCGGAGCUGCGCGUGCUCGGCGACCCGCCCGCGUCCGUCGUCGCAUUCGCCGCGGCAGCGGGCGUGGGGCGGCUCAACGUGCUCGAGGUCGGCGACAAGAUGGAGAAGCGCGGCUGGCACCUGAACGGGCUGAGCGGGCCCGCGGCGGUGCACAUCGCUGUAACGCGCUUGACGGUGCCGGUCGUGGACCAGUUCAUCGCGGACCUCAAGGACGCCGUGCGCGAGGCGCGCGACGCGCCGGAGGGCAAGGGGACGAUGGUGAUUCUGUAUGGUCUAGGCUCGUCGAGCCCGGUGGGUCCGACGAUCGUGGGGCACGUCGCGACGGCGUUCCUGGACACGUUGUACAAGGCGUAGGGCGGGUCGGCUGUUACGCUGAUGCGGAUGCUUGGGUACUAUCGAGCGCGUUCGUGUUGCGCUUGUCUUAAUGGGUCUUAAGAUCGACGACGUAUGCAUGCUGUUGUCUGCUAUCUCA